AUGGUGAUAGAUAUUACAUCAUGUUUAAACAUAAAAGAUGUAAUACUGAUCCAUAUAUUUACAGUUCAAAUUGUUUACUUGCAAGAAGAGGGCACUUUAAUUUCAAAUUAUUUAGGAGCUGAUCAUUAUGGUUAUGGUGGUUUAGAAGGUUUAGGAGCAUUAUCUGCAUAUAAAUUACAACAGCUGCCAGCUAUAAGUAUACAAGAAAUAGCAGCACCAGCACCAGUACCAGCAGCACCAGCACCUCCUCCACCUCCACCACCGCCCCCAGCACCUCCAGCUGGACCACAACCUGGCCAAACAGCGACAACAACUUUACAAGCAUUCGUACCAAUUCAAUUAAGUGCUAUGUAUGCAAUUCCAGGACCUCCAGCUGCAGCUCCUGCACCACCACCCGCCCCACCUGCAGCACCUCCAGCACCACAAAUUAUUCGACAAAUUGUUACUGUUGAAGUACCAAAACCAGUGCCAUAUCCAGUUGUUAAACCAGUUGCUGUACCAAUAAGAAUUCCUGUACCGAAACCAGUUAUUGUUCCGGUAGCAAAGCCGGUUGCUGUCGCACCAGCCUAUAUUGAAUCACCACAUCCAUUAUUAUCCCACAAAUUCUGGUAG